GGUUGGUGGCACAAAGUCCAAAGGCAGCGCUGAGUUGACAAAGACGCUUCAGACAGAAUAUUAUCAUGUCUGGGGUGAGUGUGAAUGAUUUGCCUAAGGAACCCAUCACUGCAGUCGGAGUUGUCUCGUCACUCAACAAGGCUUUGGAUGACUAUUAUGUUGUUGCACAAACAACAGAUGGCUCUGAUGCCGACCUGUGGAAGGACGGCUUAUUCAAAUCCAAGGUCACUCGCUACCUCUGUUUCACCAGGAAACCAGGGUCUGAUGUUGUUGUGGACGUGAAGUUGACUGACAUGAAGGAAGCAUUGCCAGAGGGCUUCACACACAUUCAAGAAACAUUGGACUCAAAGGAACCAGCCAUGAGGAAGAGGAGGCUAUGUGUGAAAAUCAGCCCAUGUGAAGCUGCAGAAAUGGCUGUGUAUGACAUCCAGAUCACUGCCAAAUCCAAGCACCAUCUUGUUCACUACACCUGCAUUGGAGAAAUCAAUAACAUGGGAAUCUGGUAUCGAGUGGGAGAUGUGCCUCAUCUGCAGAUAUCUCAGGAAAGAUCGAGCACAGUUAACUCUGAUUCCUCAUCUGACAUUGCCAGUAAGACCAUCAUCAGUAGGCCAGAUGAGCACCAGAGCGGUGGAAGCUACACAAUGACAGCCAUGGAUGACGUGCCCUUUGGAAUCAAUCAAAAGUUCUACGAUACAACAAAAGAGAUGCAGCGAGUCAAUUUAAUGGGCAUUACGAUCAAAUCCCUGGCACAGAUCGAGGAGGAAUUUGACUACAACUUCAGCACGGAGCGAAGCAUUGUUGUGUAAGAAGAACUCCUUCUGAACUCCCUUCUGGUGGGCGGCUGAGGGUGGAGUCGGCUCUCUUGGUUGCUUGGUUGGGUCUGCUCCUUGUCUCUGGCUAUGCUCCCUCCCCCCACCCCAGCAGACGAUGGCGUGGAACACCCCAGAUGCCACCAUAGUGUAUAGAUUUUUUUGUUGUUGUUGUUUUUGUUUUACUUUUGUGGCUGUGUGUAGAAGUGGCUGGUUGCACCAGCUCUGCUCUUUUAAUGCAUUUAAUGUCCUUUGUUUUCUUUGAUGUUUCUCUCUUACACACAUGUUUAUGUGUGCUAUGGCUAUGGGUUUUUUAUUUCCUUGGCCUCAGUCUGGACCCCCUCUCCAGGGGCCCAGGCUUAGACUGAUUUUUUAUUUUUUUUUCUCACCAGCGUUUACCUGUUUCUUACCUUUUUUGUAAGGGGCGCCUGAAAUUGGCAGACCCGUCAGCGAUCCUGUUCUGUCUCCCUGUAAUGUUUGUCUGAUCUUGAAUGGGAU